AUGCUUUGCUCUUGUGCUCAGUUCACUUAUAAAUUAUUUUUUUCGCACAAAAUCCCGGUAAACGAAAAAGUAAUUUAGUCCAACUGUCUUUCCCAAUGUUCGAUGGAAGAGAGACUCCUAAAAAUAAAUGCUGACCACUCCAGCUGGAUGAUCCAUAUGGGGAAGUCGAAGACCCAGUGGGCAGAGAAAAAUAAGAAACAGGACGAGCACCUCGCUCUUCUCUUCUUAUUAUUCAAUCAAAGUGGGCGAGUUGGAUUACGAUCGUGUACAGCUCCGAAGUGUUGUGUGUGCCUGGGAUUCAAUCCAAUUUACAGAUUUUUUACCUUUAGGGUCAACGUACGCUCGUUCGUUCUAGAAUAUCUAUCCUCGUCCGCCUGUUCUUUCUUCGGGGGUAUUUAUUGUUGUUCAAACUCUCCAGGAUUUCCUUUAAAGACUGAACUGUACCGCUGUCAUGGCGGCCUCAAAAAAGUGGCAGUAGUGUGGUUAGAAAGUACAAGGAUCAGGACCAAUGUCAGUCAUUUUACAUCUGGAGCUCAUCAGCAACGGACAAAGUCAAUAACAAUAAGAUAACAGUGCUGUCUCUGACGGACAAAAGAAGGAGAGGAAAAGAGCAAAGGCACUUUUAUGUUGAUGGAAUGGAUAGCCUAGAUUCGUAAUUUAAUGCUUCGUAUAACUUCGACUUUGUCGUCUUCGAGUAGUGUCAGACCCUGCCCCUGCCAUACCAUGAACUUACAUGGGGCAAGUACUAUAAUGUUCAGACA